AUGCGCAGAGCAGGUCGAAAUGAGAGACUGGACGUCCCAGAUGAGAUGAAACAAAGAGGACCAAAGCAGUUGUUCGGCACUGCACUUGCGCGACCAUUCCGAUUCUUGGCUGGUGAGGCUAUCGUGCAAUUUGGUGCUGCGUACAAUGGCUUCUUAUAUGGUUUAUCGUUUCUCUUCAACGGAGCCUUUCACAUUAUCUUUGGUCCUGAUGGUUACGGUUUCAAUACCAUCGGGGUUGGAAUAUGCUUCCUAGGGAUUGUCAUCGGCAUUACCCUUGGCCUGGUCACGAACAUAUACCAGGAGCGCUACUAUCAACGACGCGUCGCGCAAGCUGGUGGCCGCGACAUACCAGAGGCUCGAGUGCAUCAUGCGAAACUGGCAUCCAUCAUUUUACCUCUGUCGCUACUUGCUUUCGCGUUCCUCGCAACGCCGGAUGUGCAUCCAUUCUUUCCAGUAUUUGCUUCAGCAUUUUGGGGGUGGUCGUUCUACACACUGAUUCUCAUGACUCUGACCUACACCGAGGAUGCAUACAAGACAUUUUCAGCCUCUGCGCUCGCAGGCAUCGGGCUCGUCCGCAACAUGGCCGGCGCAGGCUUCCCUCUCAUUGGACGUAGCUUGUUUCUGCAUGUUGGCACACGGAAUGCAAGUCUGGUACUCAUGGCGAUUGCCCUCAUUGAGGAGGAGAAGCCCUUGGGCUGUGGCGCAUGA